CGCCGCCGCCGCCGCCACCGUCUCAGUCACGGUGGUUUUUCCACCAUCGCCGCCGCCGCCUCCUCCUUCCUUCCUUCCUCCUCCUCCUCCUCCUCCUCUGUCUCCGCAGUGAGGUCACGGGUGGGCGGCGCGUCAGCGGCUUCUGCUCCUCUGUCGGGGGCAGCCCGGCUGUGAGGUAUGGACGGUGAAGCGGGGGAAAGGACGCUCGCUUCUCUCGGAAGAAGAUUUUGUGAAAGGAUGAACCCAAGAAAUCAAUUUUGCUGAUGGCUGGGAGCUAAUUUUCAUUUUUCGCAAUGGUCACCUAUAUACAUAUAGUUACAACCAACAAUCUAGGAUCGGCUUCCACUCGAGUGUUUAUUGGUGAAUUAACACUGAGACUGAUGGAACUGGAAAACUUUGUUGGACAGUAAAUCCAAAACCUUGUCUAUGAUAGUGCAAAUAACAAGAUUUGACACAUAAAGCUCCCCCUCUUAUAGAAGUGUAGGUUUGAAAGCAGCACAUCUCAGACUCUGAGAACUUCCGUGUUCUGAUGGAAGAGCCUGUAGACAUUGAAAUCUCCUUCAAAGCUUAACUUUGUACUAAAUCACAGUUUUCUAUUGGAUCAAAAUCACUGGAUCAGUUUCAAGACCAGUGACUUGAAGAUUUGAGGAAAACCUUUUUAUAUGUGCAUUGGGUUGUUCGUUUUAUAUUUAGUUAAUUAGAGAAAAAGUAUUUUUGAAUGACAUAUUUCUAGGCUGUGAUUUUAAAUGCAGAGUGUUGAACUUUGCAUUUACCUACUUUGGUGUCUUAUUUAAUUAAAAGCAGCCAUACUGGUUGAGCAGCUGAGACAACCAGGAAUUGAGAUUUGAAAGACCUGCCAGUGAUCAAACUUCAGAGUCACCUAUCUAAAGUUCAGCUAUGGCAGCUGCACAGACAAACUUUCCCCGUGGUUGUCAGUCAAAGCAAAAGGGGACUGCAGCAGAAGAAGAGGACAGUCCUCCAGCAAAAAAAGCAAUGACAGAAAUGCAUGUAAAACAAACUGUGGCAAAUAAAUUGCCAACAAUAAAGAAGGAACAUUUGGAUGAAUGUGAAGAAAACUUUAUGGAGGACAGAGAGGAAGAUGCCAAACCAAACACUGCUUCAGCAUCUGAGCCUUUGAACUUAAAUCCAGGGCUGAAACAUACACUGGCACAAUUCCACUUAAGUAGCCAGAGUUCGCUGGGAGGACCAGCAGCAUUUUCUGCUCGCCAUUCUCAAGAAAGCACGUCUUCUGUCUUUGUACCUCUCCCAUCGCCCCAGAUCCUUCCUGGUCCACUGCUUGUUCCUUCCGACAGCUCUACAGAGCUGACACAGACUUUAUUGGAAGGGGAGUCUAUAUCUUGUUUUAACGUUGGAGGGGAACAGAGACUUUGCCUGCCUCAAGUCUUGAAUUCUGUGCUCCGUGACUUUUCUUUACAGCAAAUUAACACAGUGUGCGAUGAACUUUACAUCUAUUGCUCUAGGUGCACUUCAGACCAGCUUCACAUCUUAAAGGUUUUGGGAAUCCUUCCGUUUAAUGCCCCGUCUUGUGGGCUGAUCACACUGACUGAUGCUCAGAGACUAUGCAAUGCAUUGCUGCGCCCUCGCACUUUCCCUCAAAAUGGCAGCCUGCUUCACGCGAAGAAUUCACUGGCCCAGCUAAAAGAGACAGGCGGUGCCUUUGAAGUAGAGCACGAAUGCUUGGGAAAGUGUCAGGGUUUAUUUGCUCCACAGUUUUAUCUGCAGCCAGAUUCGCCAUGUAUCCAGUGUUUAGAGUGCUAUUCGAUGUUUUCUCCCCAAACAUUUGUGAUGCAUUCUCAUCGAGCUCCUGACAAGAGGACCUGCCACUGGGGCUUUGAAUCAGCUAAAUGGCAUUGCUAUCUUCAUAUUAACAAAAAAUAUCUAGGCAAGCCAGAAGAGAGAAAUAUGAAGCGUCUCUUGGAAGAAAUGAAAGAAAAAUUCAGUAUGAAAAAUCAGAAAAUAAUCCAGGCUAAAGCAGAUUCUCAGUACAACCUAGAAUUUCAACAAUGGUAUCCAGUUGUAAAGCAGGAAGCAGAUUCUGUUAAUCAGCCGCACUCAUUCAUGCAUCCCAGCUACUACUUCUAUAUGUGUGAUAAAAUGGUUGCUCCCAAUGUCUCCCUUACCUCUUCUGUGCCACAAUGUAAAGAAGCUACUAAAACCGCAGAGAAGAUUUCAGAGGUAAUUAAAUCUCUACCGGGACAGUCAGUGAAGCAACACAGCGGUGGCAAACGUAAAAAAGCCAUUUUCUUUCAGGAUCUUUCUCUUGAAGUACAAGAGAAAGUUGAUCUGAAACUUAGUACAGAAGUGUGUGCUAAUUCAGAGCGGCCUGUAUCCAUUAAACCUGCAAGCAGAAGGAAAGCUGAACAGAUCUCUUCCAAAGUGACUACAGAAGACGUGGUAGAAGUAAUCAGCAGUGCACAAACUUCAUCUCAGACUCUUCCACGUGAUACUGGCUGUGAUGAUGACAAAGGGAAAAUGAUGGAAGAUGUAAUGAAAACCUAUAUAAAACAGCAAGAAAAGCUACAUACAAUUUUGCAAAAGAAGCAACAUCUUCAGAUGGAAGUAGAAAUGUUAAGUAGUUCAAAAGCCAUGAAGGAGUUAACAGAAGAGCAGCAGAAUUUGCAAAAAGAACUUGAAUCUUUGCAGACUGAGCAUGCUCAAAGAAUGCAAGAGUUUUAUGUUGAGCAAAGGGACUUGGAGAAGAAGUUAGAGCAGGUAAUAAAGCAAAAAUGUACCUGCGAUUCUAACUUGGAAAAGGACAAAGAAGCAGAAUAUGCAGCUCAGCUGGCAGAGCUAAGGCAGAGGCUGGAUCACGCUGAGGCCGAUCGACAGGAGCUUCAAGAUGAACUGAGACAGGAACGAGAAGCGAGGCAAAAGUUGGAGAUGAUGAUCAAGGAAUUAAAACUUCAGAUUCAGAAGUCUUCAAAAAACGGCAAAGGGAAAUGAAAGUGCCAACGAGAUUGUAUCUGCACUUUCUCAGCAGGGCUAAUAAAUGUCCUGCCAAGGGGAAGUCAAGCCAUGGAUCAGCGAAGGUAUUGGGACAAUCAUGGGGAACUUUUCCUAUGUGAGCAGAGCAUCAAUGGAGUAGGAGUUGUUGCAAUUCCCAAUCAUUUCAAUGACGUUUUGCACAAGAGAAGUUCCCAGUAGAUUGUGUCCGAUUUAUGCAUUUAAAUCUGUAACAAUACACCUUUGUAAAACUUCCAGACUGACAAAAUCUGUAUUUAUGUUGCUUUCUUUUUUAUGGUUUUCAGCAGUGUUGAAACCACUGGUUGUAUCCAGCACUGCUAUUCUGCUCGCAAAGCAGACUUUCACUUGUACAGUGGAACUUCCUCUUCUUCUUUUCUCCCCUAUAACCCCCUGCAUAUCCUCAAAUCAGCUCUUGUAGGUUGGGGGAGCUUCCAGAGCAGAUGUUGGGGAACAUGCAAGGAGAGGAAGAGGAAGCAUUGGAUACAACCCGUAGUGUUUUACACUCCUCAGUGUAACUUUAUUUUACAAGCUGUUUCGAGGGCUCUAUAUACUUUUUACUGAGUGCAACUUUGGUUUCUUUCAAAAUAUGCAGGAGCUGCAUAUUUGCUUUCUAUUGCAUGCAGUCCAUUUUCAUAAAAUGGUUUAUAUAGUUCCAAGAAUCUAAAGCAGAAAGAAGAGAUUGUAGAGAAUUUGCUGCCAUGCAUUGUUCUAGCCUGAUACUUCAUUUUGAUUAUUAAAGCUGGAUUGAGAACUGCUAACUGGUAAUUAUUCAACAGCGAACAUUUUUCAAAAUGCAGAUUUUCACACAGUUAACUGUCCGUUAUUAACUGUUAAAAUGCCAAAUGCCAAUUCCUUCAGUACCCUGCUGAAUCCUGUUAUGAAAAGGAGUUGCUGAAGUAGAAACUGAGAUAUUUUAUUUUCAAAGCUUCCUAUUCACUCUCAGCUUCUUUGGGUAACUCUUCAAGCAAUGAUGACAGAAAAUGUCACUUUUGAUACAGUUCUUUGAGGAUUCCCAAACACCUUUGGAAGUUUGAAAAUGUCAGCCUUAUUUUGUAGAGUGGCAAUUUUAACCCUCAGCUGAGUGGGUUACUUCAUUAGCAAUAAAGUUCUCAUUCCUGGAUUUUCUUUGAGCACAGGAAAGUGAGUGGUCUUGACAUUUUAAAAGUAUUUUAAAAGUUGAGGGGGAACAAAUGGAGUCUGUGAUAUUGUGAAAGUGAUGCUAAUAAGGUUCAUUUAAACGGCAAAGUAAAAUUGCUAUCAUUUGUACACAACAUAGUUAUUAAACCUUUACUUCUUUUGAAAAGAAAUGCUAAGAUCCUUAUUGGGACAUCUGAUGUUUAGUGUGCUGAUAGGCUGUUGCCAGUAAUCAAGUAGUUCAGUUCCAGUGUUUUUUCCAAUGGAAACCAAACAGAUAAAGUAUAUUAACAGAAGGGAAAUAAAUUGGUGGAUUAUUAAUAUUUUUUUUUAGAUGCUUACGUAUAAACUUCAAUGGACAAUUUUUUUGUUGGUGGAAACCUGAGUACAGUUUGGGUUAUCCAGAAGGAAAGGCAGUUCUGUUAUAUAGAAGGUAAAAUAGAUCAGGUAGACAAAUAUCUAAUUGCUCAAAAGUAUUGUAUUUGAAUGGCUUUUGGUGAAGAGGGGCGGGGAAAUCAUCUUCAAAACCUAGGCCUACAUUCAGAUCAUUGAACAUAAAAAGCAACGUGACCAAUAUAUUUCACAGAAAUUCUAGCUUCGUUGCCCUGUCCUAGCUAUAGGUGCUGCAUGCCAUCGAAACCACAAAAAUGUGUGUGGGAUACGCAUUGCAUCGUGGGAUGGGACGGUGCCUUUGCAUGAACAACCAGAUCCAGCUCACUGGGUAGGACAGACCUGCUGCUCUAGCUUUCCAGUAAGUGAGUUGCUGUUGCUUACUGGAAAUGGGUGGAGAUGUCAGAUCACAGCAAGCACACAUACAGGGGAGCUGCAUUUGCACCCCAACCUCCCUGCCACAUCCCCUACUCCCUCCUGGUAAACAGCACCCCCACCUGCUAGGAAUCUUAACAUAGUGGUUCUGUCUCACUUGACAAGCCACUUCUGCAAACGACAACUGCAGAUAGUGAUGUCCAACUCUGUGUGCAUCCCCAUCUGAUCUGCAUGUUGUGGAGGCCCGCUACAUGUGUGGACCUGGAGCAUUUAUGUUUUAAUUUAAAAAAACUAUACACUAUUUAGGGACCAUUAAAAAUACCAUUUCCAGUUAUGUUUUGCUGGCCUGGGCUUUUUUGGGGGGAGUAAGGGUGGGAUAGAAACUUAAAAUAAAUUCUUUUUUUUCAGCUCCCCAGAGUGAUCACAGCAAUCUAAAUUAAUAAAAAGAAACCAAUGGCAUCAUAAAACGACACUAUAACACACAUAGCAACAAGCAGGUGACAAUAUAAAACGAAACAGACUAAAUGCCCGGCAAAAUAAAAUGUAUAAGUGCAUUUCUGGAUUUAAGGGUACAGGAUCUGCGCAGUCUGUCUCCUUUGAUAAGUCCAGCUCCAUAUAAAGCAAAUUAUAUUAGUUCGGUGAAUAUGUUACCAGGGCAUGCAAAACAAUAGCAAGGACCUUGCCACCCAGAAAGUAAUGCAGCUUUUGCACAAACUGAAGCUGGUACAGCACACUUCUGGCCACAUAAAAAUGAAAAUCCAGAAGGACCCCCUGAAUCCAGGAACCUGGAAAAUUUAUAUCCUUUUUUUAAUUCAAAUUUAUAUUUAUAUUCAAGGGGAAGUAUGACCGUCUUAGAACAGGUAAAUCCACAAUUUCUUGGGGUGUUAAACCUCUCAACAAAACCAGAUCCAUCUUAACUGGAUUGAAUUUGUACAUCCAGUGUCUAUAAUUAGGCCUUAACCAUUACACCUGCACCUGUUGCAAAGGAUGAAAGGGCUGAGUGAUGUUGAUAGCGUAACACCCCGUGUUCUUGGACAAUUUCCCCAGCAGUUGAAUGUAGAUGUUAAAUAACACAGGGAUUGGAAAACAAACUUGUGAGACUCCGUAACACAGCUGCCAAGUUUGUGGGUGGAGAUCAAGACCUGGUGAAACAAUUGUGUGCUUACAUCCCAAGCAGUCAGCUUGUACAUCACCACAAAGCUUUUUUUUAAAAAAAUGGUUGCUUGGAGCUGAACCUAGUAGAAAACGAAGUCUUGGGAUUGGACAUUGCUGCCUAAAAUGUACAUCUUAAGCAGCUAAAAAUGCUAAAUGCUGUCUCUGCCCACAUUUAACUGUUCACCUCAUAGUGCUUCUAACAUGUAAGAUGUUUUGCAUGCCUUUAUUUGCUGUUUCAAUAAUAGUGCAGUACUACUGAAGAAAUAGCUAAAUUUUAAUGAGAAAUAUUAUGCUCACAUGUUCGGGUGUUUUGCAUCCUUAAAUAUUAUUGCAGUAGAAUAUACCAAUUUCAAUAUUUAAUUUUGCCAGAAUAAAUUAUGAUUGUGUUCAUUUUCAAAGCAGGUAAGCAUAUUCCACUGUUGGUCUUAACAGGUUAUUUGUUCAUAUAUUCUACUAGUUCAAGUACAACAUGCUUGUGAAUUAUUAUUUUUUUGCAUGCUAAAGUAUUUUGCUGCUAUUUAGCACAUUUCAGACAAAUGGGGGAAGAAGUAGAGCUAAGUAUCACACAUGCUUGUUUUACAUUAUAAGUUAUCUUAUUGGUAAUAACUCCAUACUUGUUUCAGUCUUUAACUUGUUUAGGCAUUCAAGUGAUCAAUCAAAAGUAAAUUGAUUGGUUGCUCUUGGCACGUCUCUUACUUUCCUCUUAGGAAGUAUGAUCCUAUAAACAGAAUCAGAAAGACUAUUGCCAGUGGCCAGGGUGGUCAGCAGAGGUAGAUUCCUGAAGCAGUUCUUGGGAUAUGUGGGAAAAGGUUAUAUUUGGGUCAAAAUCACUGAACCUAGAUUAUUUAUCCAUUGAUUGCACACCUAAAAACUGAAAACUAUGGGGAAUAUCAAUGUUAGUCAUAGUGGAAUUGACCCACAGAAAUCAAUGGACUUAGCUCACUCAGAUGCAUUGAUUUCAGUGGGUCUACUCUUGGAGGUAUCACUAACAUAGGUUAUCAUCUUUUAUUUUGUGAUAAUGGUAAUCCAAUAGAUCGUUGUGCUUCCCACUAAAAUCAGUGAGCACAUCUGACUCUGUGUUGAAUUGUGGUCACUGUUCUGCUAUUGGGUGUCAGAAAUGAAAGCUACUAUUUGAUUUUUAAAGUUCUGAGUCUGUUUUAUCUAGUACUCCCCCCCCCCUUUGCAAGGUAAAGGUGAGUUCAGACAUAAAAUUUUGCUUCUCACACAGUUAUCUGAGGAGACUGUCUUCCAUGUAGAGAUGGAAAGCAUUAAGUAGAUGCUGUGUGUUGUUGACCAGUGGUAAUAACUAGUUGUAGGAGCUGGGGAAAUCUCCUUGCAAUUAUGGAGGUGGCUGUUGAUCAGUAACCAAGUUAACUUGCUAACACCUUUCAUUAGUAAUAUAUGUAGUUUUUGAACUGACUCUGAGAGUGUUUGAGCCAUUUGGUAAUUAACUCUCUUGGGAUGCUAGCAGUUAGCCAAUGUUUGCUUUCCUGUCCUGAAUACAAGGAGAAGCCUGGCCCGAUCUUAGUGCAGGGAUGGGCCUGUUCUAGAUGCUGCUAGACUGCAAUUCACAUCACUCCCUGACCAUUCCCAGUUGGCUGGGGUUGAUUAGAUUUGGAACCCAGCAACUAUUGGAGGACAACAGGUUUUCUGUCCUCUGCUACAGAAAGAGUUGAGCCACCGCUGAACUUUGGACACAAUCCUUCCUGAAUGUUUACUGCAAUAUAAUGCCUUCCUUCUUUCUGCCCCAAUUUUCCAUUAUAAAAGCAGUUUUAUAGAACGAAUGAUGUCACAAUUUGUUAUCAUGUUUCUAUUUAGACAGGAUUUGGUAACUAAAAUGCAAAGAUCAGCAGUGUUUGUCCUAAACGUUGCUAUAGUUGCAACACAUAUCGGAGAUGAACAUGUGGCAACUUUGACUAUAUUUUAGAUGCGUUCGUAGUAGUAAUAAUUUGUUGACGUGAGAGGGAGAGAGAGAGUGCCACUUUCAGGUUUGUUUAAUGUCUCUGAAAAUUUGUAAAACCAAAUGACACACCAACUUAUAAUCAAAGAAAUCAUAAUUGUAACCCUUAAAUUGAACAGUUAAUUUCAGCCUCCUUUACAUAAGACUUCCCUAGAUGUUAAGCAAUUAAUACAUAGAAGUGUGCCAUAGGUGUCCAUAGCCACCAAGAGAUAGUUUUGUAGUAAAUUGUAAAUAGUCUAUGUUUUACAGCAGCUAGUUUCUUACGUUUAUCUCUUAACAUGACGUAUCUAAUGGAUGAUUUACUCCAUGCCUAUAUAGCUUGAAUUGCAUACAAGGCUUUGCCCAUUUACAGAGACCUAUGACAAAUUUUCCUGUAAAUUCAAAUUUGCUCUUUUAGACUUCGCAUGCUCAUUCUGUAUGUUAAUAAUUACUGAAGGCUUUUCUUUAAAAAGUCAUCCCUGUGUUGGCCUUUUAGAUAGGUUUGUUUCCAAUUUGUCUUCUCCAUUAAUGUUUCUGAAAAGCACUAAAAACCAUACCAUUAGAAGCAAGGCUGCCAAGAAUACUUUUAAGAAAAAAAUAUGCUUCUUGGCAUCCCUGCUUUUAAAAAACCAAAUAGUGCAGGGUGCGAUAGACUCUGCAGGAAAUGUUAGGGAGCAAAGUAUCUUACCCUUGUGGCAGCCCUAAAGACUUUCAUCCGCACUUGAAGACACAACCCCUUUGACAUUAGAUCAAAAAGCUUUAGCAAAAUGUGUUCAGACAAAUUGUUCUUUUACUUUCCAGUAGGUCUUAUAUCACUUAGCUUGAGUAUUUGAGGUAAACAUGGUAGUUAUGGGGUAUAUUUUACAUUCUUGGAUUAAUUUUAUUAUAUAUUUAAUAUAUUGAUAGCUGUAAAAUCAUUUGUACAUAGUUAAGGUAUUGUAAUGCAACCCCUGCAGUAGACUAGGCUGUGGGGACUGUAGAGUACUAUGAAGCAGUUUUGCCUACUCGCUGCUGCUUAGUUCCACAUUCUUGGAGCCUCUAGUGACCUGAACUUCCACUUUUCCCUUAGCUUCCGUUUGAAAGGGCAGAAUUUGCCGUAAAAACAGCUGCGUGAAUGGCUGACUGAUGUACCUUGGAGUCGUUUUCAGAGGGCUAUGUAGCUGACCUCCAAACACUUUCCAAGUCAGCUUCCUAUGCUAAAGUUCAUUUGAUCUUAGAAAGGCAAAACUUUUUCUUUGCACAGGAGAACGCGGAUAAAUAUAUACAUACCAUUAACAUGUUUUAAAACCCUGAUAAUAUAAUGUAACAAAAUACUUAAAUUCUCUUGUAAUCCUAUGCUUGAAAUAUUUAUGCUGCAGCUGUAAAAUAUCUCUGUCCAGGAAAUGGCAGCUUGAUCUCUUUGUUAUACUUGCUCUGCAGCGUUUUCAUCCAUUACAUCUGUUGUAAUGUGAGGCAGUCCAUAAUUCCUGUCCUGGAAAUCUUUUGAUAUUUUUGUUGUUGCAGAUGCUCUCUAUUAUAAAAGCAAAAGUCACACAUUAAACAGAUUGCACAACUUUUUUUUGUAAACCCACAAUAUAGAGGAUACUUUGAAUUCUCUGGUGCUCUGAAAUAUUCAAGCACAGUGAAACAAGUUCUUAUUUCCCCCCAAAUGAAUAUCCUGAUAAGUAUAGCAAUCCAUUAUAUUCUUUCAAAUACCUCACCUUAAAGAGAAAGGAAGCACAGUUGUAAUGUAUCUAAAUCACUCUAGUGAAUCCAUACAAAUUAUUGGUUUGUAAAUUUCCGGAUGCAGCUGUAUUGCCUUCCAGAAUAAGCAAGACUAUGACAAACUUCUAUUUUGUAUGUGUUCAUGAUGCUUUUGAAAGUAUUUAUUGAUGCUGAUACCUUAAUAUAUUUCCACAAUCUAGAGCAGCAUGUGACCACCUUCUGUUUGCUCAUCAGGACCUUUGGUAUUUACCUGGACCAGCAGUUUAUCAUGCCCAUACAGCAAAUCAUUUUUGAAGUUUAAAAAUUAGUUUGCAAUAUGUCCUAUGGUUUGCUGUUCAUAUAUAUCAUAUAUGGUUUGUUGUCCAGCUGGGCAUAUACAAAAGUCAUUGGACAAACAUAAAGUACCUUUCUGGAUUGCGUCAAGAUCUUUAAAGAAAAUAAUUUAUAGACUUAAUAGGUCCUGCAAAACAUUCAUAGCAACAGGUGGGAUUACUGGAGUUAAAAAAUAAAUAAAUCAAAAGUUUUUUUUAAAGGUUGGUGCAUACCAAUAAUUUUUGACGUUUUGCCAAUGAUGUACAGUUCUACGGUUGGAGUUGCUGUAAUUGCAUUACAUGACACACAAAGCUGGCCUCUACCUCAUGUGAUACAAAAACAGAUAUUUUGUAUGGUUUUAGUAAAACAAGAUGCAUUUAUCUGGUCACUUAGUUUACAAAUUUUGAAUUCUAUUUAUUGAAACAUGACAUACUGUGCUCUUAGCUUAUACCUCAAUUGUAUUUUGUGCAGUUUUCCAUUUUUCAUGCAUUGUAAAUAUCCUGUAUAGAUUGUGGAUCCACAUACAAAUAAAAACAAUUCUAAUGUCAA